UCCAAUAGGAAAAAUGUGCAUUUCAUUCAGAUUUUCUUGAUUCUGGCUUCAAAUGUCCAGUGUGAAAUUUACUUUAAUGAGUAUCUGUGCCCAGAAACACAAGUAGAGGGCAAACUUUUCUGGGUUUGGAAGAAAUGAAUUCCUCUAAAGAAGUUAAUAGCUCUCUUUUGACUGAUAUUAUAACAGAUUAUAAGAAUUGACACGAAGAGAAAUGCUUGACUUGACUCAAAUUUUUUCUUUCAAUUUCAGUUUCUUGAGAAUGCUUUCUCACUAAAAUUCACCAGUGUGCACCUUGAAAGGGAUGCUUGUGGGUGAAAUUGGGUUUGCAGAGGUAAAUGUGCCUAAGGCCUUCUUGCUGGGAUUUUUGGCUAUUUUUUCAAUCAUGACCAACUGGUUCCAAUCACUCUAUUGUAUUUUGAAAGAGAGAGUACAGCACUUUCACCUCCCUGAAGGAAUCGCUGAAAUAUUCCUUUAUCAGAACCCCAUUUCCUGCUUCAAUGCAGUGACUGAGUGAAAUUUACACAGUGGUAUUUAUUUUAAAAAGUUUAGACCAAAAAAAACACCACUCAAUGGAAAUUACAUUUUGGCACAUUAAAGGGGAAGGGGAAAUAUUGUGAUGAAAAUAUUGAUCUACAAUCUACUUUUAUGCUUGGCAAGACUCACAAAUCUCACACGAUGCUUUCAAAGAAAAAAAAUUGAUUCCGAGCACAAGCCACUGAAAAAAGAGGAAUACUACUGUGGUCUACACCUAAGAGUAAUAUCAUUUAGAAAGUCUUAUGAACGGUUGAAUGUUUUGGCGCCAAAAGAAGUGAAGUGAGCCUUCUUUGUUCACGUCGUUUUAAUUUGUUAUGUUAAUUUGAAAUAUAUCUUUCAUCCGUCUGCUAUCGUCUGAUUGCGGUUAACUUAAAUCACUCUUUAGCUAUGCUUGAGAUAUUUUAAGCACAUGGCAUUAAACUUGUAUCAAACGGAUGAGUCUACAAGGGUUUGUUUUUCUUUUUUUCGGCGGCGUGCUGGAACAAGCUCCUCUCAGCUUCGAGCCUGUUCUUUCGGCACGCUUCUUCGUUGUUCCGGCGUCCUUAUUUCUUUUUGAACGUCAAAUUCCCCUUUGUUAUAUUAGAGAGAAAAACAAGCCACGUGUAGUAAUUUGAACUUAAAAGGAUCAGGCAAUGUUAUGUAAAUGUAGCGAAAAAAAUUAUUGUUCCAAGAACCCAAUGUUAUGUAAAUUAAUAUUGUCGUGACGUCACUAACAAGAAAAAACUUGCAAGAAGCUAUAAGAUAGAGAGAAUUCUCAAUAUUUUUUUACCAAAAGGCAGUUUCACAAUUUGAUAGUCUUGUAGGAAAACUUUAUGGUUUUCAAAUUUUAAAAAAUUAUCGGACAGUAGCAAACGCAAUUUUGGCGGGCAUUUUACAAUUUAUUCAGUCGUAAUUGUCUUGAUAAAUACAUUACCGAAGGCGGGAAAUUCAUUUGAUCAGUUUAAAACUCCGUAGUCACCCGAGCAGAGCAGUGCUGGUUUAAAAAUGGCCGACUUCCUGACGAUUUCCCUUCAGAAAAGUGGAAUAUACUUCCCUCAACCAGGAUCAAAGCUAUUUUCAGUGAGUAAACAGAUGAUCAGGCCUGUUCCAAAGCUCGAAGAUGUUUCUGAACAAUUAAACUUGCCGCAGAAGCAAAGAACUUCAGUCAUUGUCUGGUCACCUCCAACAACACCGACGAACGAAGUCACGCCGCCUUCUCCUCCACAAACUCCAACAACUCCAACUGGAACAAUUCUAAGCUACUCUCCGACUUCACCGAAUGUUAUUCCACCAAGAGGCAGACCCAGAGCGGAUGUAGUAAACAUUCUGAUGAAGGAAGGCCAGAAUUCGUAUUCUUCGAUCCGAUGCGAUGUGUGCCAUCGAGUUUUCCCGCGCGAAAAGUCUCUGCAAGCUCACAGGAGAACACACAGCGGCGAAAGGCCUUACGUUUGUGAUUUCCCGAACUGUGGAAAAGCUUUUGUCCAAAGUGGCCAAUUGAAGACUCAUCAAAGGCUACAUACAGGCGAAAAACCGUUCGCUUGUUCCGCUCAAGGUUGUACCACUCGAUUUACACAUGCUAACCGCCAUUGCAGCAUUCACCCGUAUGCAAGCCUGAAGCGUAUCUUUACCGAUAUUCCGCUGAAAGAAAUCUUGAAAAACGAGAAUUCCGAGCCUAACGAAUACAAAGCGGCUGUUUUACAAUGGCUGGCUAACUACGAGCUUGAUAAAGAGGAGCGAAAUCCUGCAAAGGUUCAAGAGAAAGUCAUGAAGCGGAAGGUAGAAAAGGAAAUCGCUAGGCAGCAAGUUGUUGAAAGAAAGAAAUCAAGAAUUGAAGCAAGAAAGCGAAUGGCUGAGGCAAAAGAAAGAUGGUAUGGAGCUAUGGCUCUCGUAGAACUUGCUGAUACUCAAUUUAACUUUAAUUAACCAGAAACAAAUCCAAUUUUCGAACUUUGGUGUCAUUUCACUUGAUGAAAUAAACAUUUUGGCGCGCAAAGUUUAAAUGGCUUUUAUGUUAUUGUACAGUGUUGCAAUGUAUCUGAUCUGAUCUGAUCAAUUUUUCUUUACUUUGUGAGUGAAACGUGUUCUAGUUAACUUAAAACGGAUAGGUUUUACUUCAGAAGCAUUGUAGCUAUUUUUACAACUGACAACUCGUGGAAAAGUACUUUCAGUAUGUAAAUGAGUGGUAGUUAUUCAAUGGUAGUAACUGAAAGUUCAUCAUGAUUUCAAGUGUUUACCGCGUGACUUGCGAAAAGAAUUAGCUGUACAUAAGAAAAAGCAUCGCACUUUUAGAUGAGAUUUACGUAAAUAUAUUCGCUCUACAUAGUUUGUAAAAUUUCCUAAAAUUAUCCACAUCAUUCACGUUAGUCAUUCAUAGACACAAAAUUUGAAAAAUGAAAAACUGAGUUCCUUCAUGCAUUGAUAAAUAAUUUCGGUUUUUCAGUUGAAUAUGUUUUCUGUAACUUUACAAGGAUACAGUUUUAUAAAAACAGUGGAAUAAGUCUAAAGUUAACAAUCUGGGUCUUUUUUAAGUGACUUAACUUUAUUCACAAUAAAAAAGUUAUAAUAGA